AUGGCUGUAGAUAUCCCUACCGAGAAGAUCAACGCGGUUGAGGCCCCUAUGUCCGACAAGGCGUCGGAAGAGGUAGUCAAUGCUUCAGGCCACAAGCAGGAACUCCAACGAAACUUUGGUCUCUUGAGUAUCUGUGCUAUUGCCGUCACUACCGGAAACACUUGGAUUGCUCAAGGUGGAAGUGUGACUGUCAACAUUGCCAAUGGGGGCCCUGCCGGUGUUAUCUAUGAAUUCAUUGCCGUCUCUAUUUGCUAUUGGCUCGUCGCCGCAUCCAUCGCUGAAUUAGCCUCUGCCAUGCCAUCAGCUAGUGGAGUCUACCACUGGGCUUCCGUUACUGCUGGAAAAUAUGGCCGCGUAUGUGGAUGGUUUGCUGGCUACUGGAAUGCGUUGGCCUGGAUAUUCGGCGCUGCUUCCAUGUCCUUAAUUCUAGCCAACCAAACUGUUUCCAUGUAUGCGCUCUUCCACCCUGACUUCACGCCGAAGGCAUGGAAUGUCUUCGUUAGCAUGAUUAUCUGCACGUGGAUCUGCUGCCUGACUGUGCUUUUCGCCAAUCGAAUUCUUCCUCAAAUUGGAAACUUGGGGAUGAUUCUUAUCCUGGGAGGCGUUUUUAUCACCAUAAUUGUGUGCGCUGUCAUGCCACAUGUGAAUGGAGUAGGAUACGCCUCCGAUGAGUUUGUCUGGAGAAGUUGGAGUAGCGAUAUCGGAUAUUCCAGCCAGGGCUUCGUUUUCGUGGCUGGUAUGCUGAAUGGGGCAUACAGUGUCGGUACACCAGAUGUAACAUCGCAUUUGGCGGAAGAGAUUCCACACCCCAGCAGAAACAUCCCUAAAGCCAUCCUAGCGCAAAUGACAGUUGGUUUUAUAACCGGCUUUCUUUAUAUGAUCGCUAUGUUCUAUUCUAUCCAGUCUUUGGACGAUGUCAUAAAUAGUGUCUUUGGCUUCCCAUUGGCCGAAAUCUAUCGACAAGCUACUGGAACCAGAGGGGGUGCGCUGGGUUUACUGAUUGUCGCGUUUCUUCCUACCCUUAUUACUUGCAUUGGAUGCUACAUCACCGCCGGUCGAACACUUUGGACACUCGCCCGAGACAACGCAACCCCCUUCUCAGGUUUCAUCGGCCGUAUCAAUGGCAAGAUGCAUAACCCGUUCAAUGCCACAUUUAUUUGCGGCUGCUUAAUUACAAUCCUUGCCUGUAUCUAUGUCGGCUCUUCCACUGCUUUCAACGCUUUCGUCGGAUCCUACGUUCAGCUCUCUACGCUUUCCUAUUUCACAGCAAUUUUCCCCCAUGUCUUAUCCAAACGCUCUUCGAUUACCCGAGGAUACUUCUAUAUGAGCGGUCCGGUUGGCUACAUCGUCAACAUUUUGAGCUGCAUCUACAUUCUCGCCUUCAUCGUGAUCUUCUGCUUCCCUUACGCACUUCCAACUGAUGCUCAGUCUAUGAAUUACGCUAGUUUAAUUACCGGUGGACUCACAAUUUUCAUUGCCGCCUGGUGGUUCAUCCAUCAACGCGACUACGUGGGACCUCAGGCCAUCCCCCUGACGGACCGCCAUGUUGCAGAGGAUGCCAAAUGA